CCCUACAUUGCACACUUUUUUUGCAAACUGUAUUGUUUGAUCGCGUUUUUAUCAAUUUGUGUAUUAAAAUGGUGCUCAUAAUGCGCAUUUCUCCACCAGAACAUGGCUUGCUUUACACGGCAAACAAUAUCAAGUUAAAGCUUGGCGAAAAAGUGGUGGGCGAGGGCACAAUCUACAUUGCCCAAAAUACGCUAUCCUGGCAGCCCAGCGAUCUAGCCGAGGGAAUAUCCAUCGAGUGGAAGCAGGUGAGCCUGCACGGGAUCUCUUCCAAUCCGAGGAAGUGCAUCUACUUCAUGCUAGACCACAAGGUGGAGUGGAAUGGAGUCUACGGGGAUCCGCCUCAGCCGGCGGUGAAUGGCCAGAAUGGCGGAGGACAAGAGGCCGAGGUGGACGAAGGCAACGGAAGCGAUGAGCACGAGGAGGACGACAACUUCGAAGACGCCGUAGACGAGCAGUUUGAGGAGGUCACAGAGUGCUGGCUCCUACCGGACGACAUUCAUACGGUGGACACCAUGUACAGCGCCAUGACUACAUGCCAGGCACUGCAUCCGGAUUCGGCGGACAGCGAAUCGGAGGACAGCGAUCCCAUGCAAGAUGCCGGCGGCCUAGAAGAGGAGGAUGACGCCAUGGAGGAGGAUGACGCCCUAACGCUGGGACGCAAUGGCGGUAUGCAAAAUCUCAGCCUGAACUCCGACGACGAGCGGUUCGAGGACGCCGACGAGUAAGCAUCACCUAUUUAUAUUCCGAUAUCCCUUUUUUACCAGCAUAAGUGUAUGAAUUGUAAAGAUACAAAUGUAUUUAAAUAGCUUUUGGAGUACUAAUAAUAAACGCUGUAAGCGCGCCUAAGAAUUA